UGUUAUUGUCAAGUUAUGGAGUGGUGGUGGAAGUUGAAUGUGGGGUAGUUUGUUUUUGUUAAUUAUUGUAUAUUCAGAUGUCUUAUAAAUAACGGGCUGUCGUAAGCCUAUAUUCAAGCAUUAUGGUUGAACCGGAACAAUUUUUUUUCAGCAAAUUCUUAAAACCAAAUGUGUGUUCAGAUGAUGUAUUUUAAGGUAUACAAAAAAAUCUGUCUAGUUCAGGUGUUCCAGCACAUAGAAAGAACAUACGCAUGUUAGACCACUGAGUCCGUAUAAUACUCUGCCGAUAACAUAUUUCCGAAGUGCUGAACAUACCAUUACAGACCUGGGAUUAAGGCUUUCAUAGGAAUAAUGGAAUUCACAUCUGAAGGCGUGGAGAAAGCUGUGACAGUAUUUUACACAUCUCGCACUUCAGAUCAAGCAGAGGCACAUCGUUGGUUAACUGAAGCUCAGGCAUCUAGUACAGCAUGGAAAUUUGUGUGGGAGCUGUUGGAUCCGUCAAAGCUAACGGAAGUGCAGUUUUUUGGUGCUAUUACAUUGCAUUCGAAGAUAGUGAAGUGGUGGCAUGAAAUUCCUAUUGAUCAGUAUACUCCUCUGAGGAACCAGAUUUUAGGUUCCAUUGCGUCUCAUUGCAGUGGUCCAAAAAUAGUUCUCAGUAAGCUUUGUGCAGCUCUGUCUGCUUACAUUAUUAAUGUUACGCCUGAGCAUUGGCCCAAUCCCAUCAAUGAACUUAUACAGACAUUUCUGACACCUUCCACAACUGUCCCAGCCGAACGAACAGCUUGGAUUCUGAUGGAAAUUCUUACCAUGCUACCAGAUGAACUGAAUAAUUCUCGUAUUGGUGCCCAACAGAAAGGAGCUGUACUGGCAUGUCUUCGUGAUAGUGUUCAUAGAGUGGUGGAAGUGGUAAGACACUGUCUUUCUGAUGCUAGUUUUCAAAAUGCAAAUGAAGUAAAAGAGCAUGCUGCAUCAUGUGCAGUAUCUUGGCUGAGAAUAGGAAUGCCAAUUGCCGCAUGUGAAGGCUUGGCUUUGGAUUUAUUAAACAUGGUGUUACAAAAUGCAACCAGCGAUGAUUAUACCGAAAGUUCACAAAGUCUCAUAGAAGCUGCCCUAAACUGCCUUGAGUCCCUGGUUACGCACCCUGAUACACAUCUAAACCCAAAACAUGUCCAGCGCCUCAUGGAAGAGAUUUUGAAGUUAGAAGUUUUGUUGGGUCCUAAAUGGCAUUCUGCUGACGAAGUUGUAACAAGUAAAAUAUACAGACUGUUUGUAGGAAUGGGGGAAUGCCACUCUAAAUUGAUUCUACGUCUAUUAUUACAACCAGGCAGCUCUAAAGUGUUGGGCAGCAAAAUCGUCGAAAAUAUUCUGCGUGCUACCAGUAUUCAAGGUGUCUAUCCAGUAGAAGAAUGUAUAAGUGUACAUUCAUUAGGGUUUUGGUACAUUUUACAGGAAGAUGUGCAGCCCAUGGAGGGAGAUGAGAGGACUGAUUGUAUAACUGUGCUUUCACCAAUAUACUGCACAUUGGUUGAAGUAUUGCUGAAAAAAUCUGCUCUUCCACCUGAUAUAGAUGAAUGGAACAGUGAUGACCGAGAGAAACUGAGAUGGUAUAGGCAAGAUGUUGCCGACACACUAAUGUAUUGCUAUCAAAUACUACAUGAUCAAAUUCUGGAGUUACUCCUUCAUGACCUUUCUGCAAGAGCUACAGAAUUUGAAGAGUCGUGGCAGCCUGUUGAAGCAAAUUUGCAUGCUUGGAUGGCUAUUGCAGAAUUGGUGCCAAAUGUGAAACCACAGAUUGGGUCAUUUUUUAUGAUUCUACAAAACAUACCGAUUAGCAAGAGUAAUAUAAAAGUUUUUAAUGCAGCAAUUGACUGUAUGGGUGCAUAUGCAGACUGGAUUAACAUCAAUCCAUCUUUCUUGUCAUAUGUCAUUCCCACUGUCAUGUCUGGCUUGGAGAACACUGAAUCAGCACCUUCUUCCUCAAUGGCUUUGAAAGAUUUGUCAAGGGACUGCCAGUUAACAAUUCAGCAGUAUGCAGAUAAUAUCAUCAGAUGCAUUCAGGCAGCCAUCAUCAGUGGAAGUCUAGGACAUGCUGAAAAUAUUAGACUUAUGUAUGCCUUGGGUCGUUUGCUGUCACCAAUGCCACUGGAGAAGAUAAUGAUGUAUUUGAAUGAAAUACUUGUUCCUUGUGUUAGAGAAUUGGAGAUCCUGGCAAAUUCUGAGGAUAAAGGAAUGCAGACCUAUAGUGACAUCUUGCUGAGACUUAAGAUGAUGAGCACAAUUUUUGCAACUCUAGACACCAGUGCUGUGAGAGGAGGAGCUCUAAAGUCUGAUGAUCCUCAGCCUGUUCUUCUCAUUUUGGAGAAAGUUUUUCCAGUUUUGGAAACUAUAACAUGUAAAUGGUGUACUGAUGAAGAAAUUAUGAAGGCAAUGUGUACGCUGCUAAAACAAGCUGUGUCAACACUGCUCGAGAAAUUUGAAAUAGUUUUACCACCUGUUGUGAACAUGCUUAUGAAAAGCUUUCGUGUUCGUCCUCAGCCAUCGGUUCUUGAACUGUUGCAGCAGAUUGUGAUCCUGUUUGGCAGAGAUACAGAACAUACACAGAUGAUUCAUUCACUUGUCACAGACAUUUGCAGGAUAUCAAUGACUUUCUGCUUUUCUUCUCCAUCCACAUCAGAACAUUGUGAUGUGAUAGAAUCAUUUUUUAACCUUCUGUCACAACUUAUAAAGAAAAUUCCUAAGCUGUUCCUUAUGAUGGAUGUCGAGGAAGUGAAGGGGUUCUUCAGGAGUGGUAUUGAAAGCUUGCAGCUACCUGAGACUCCUGUGCUGAAAUCUAGUUCAACAUUCCUCAAAUGUUUUAUUAAGCAAAGUUGGGAGUAUGUACACUUCUCUACCAUUGUCAAUGACUGUGGCGAAGCACUAGUACAGAGAAUUCUGUUGUGCAUAGGAGGAAACUGCCCAAGAACCAUGAUAGAUCAUCUGGCUGAUCUGUUAAUGAUGCUCAACAGAAAACAAACGGAAAUGUUUGCUCGAUGGCUUACUGACAAUGUGUCAGCAAUUGAGUUCCCAGGGCACGGUGUGAGUCAGAAUGCAAGAGCACAGUUUGUACAGAUGGUUUUGAGGGAAAGAGCCAACAAGCGGAAGCUACAAGAAAUUGUGAGAGGAUUCACAUUGAUUUGCCGUGGCCUUGCUGGUACAGAGUUUGGAGGACAGUUAAUCAUUUUAUAAUGAACCAUUUCAUUGCUACAGUUUCACAUGAUGUAAGAAAGAUGCAGCUUCAAGAGAUCUAUUUUGGAUAUACUGCAUUUUUAAAGAAAGAAGAAUGAAUUAUGUUUCUCAUUUCCUAAAGGUGCUUAAGUUGAGGACUGUUGUGACUAUUAAUGUAUAGUGCGUGUGUUUUAUAAUAAAAGUAGUGACAUUUUCUAUUGAUGUACACAGAAAAAUAGUGAAAAGAGCGAUAUUAAAAACAAAAAAAAACCCUAAGACAUUUACAACUAAACACAGUUAUGAAUUUAUUGAUCUUCCUGUUGUUUUCCCUAUUUAGUGUAUAUUGUGUUGUGUUGCAAAUUUGUAGCAGUAGAAAUUUGACCAUUCCUUUAAUUAAAAUUAUUGUUUUUCUUAACAUUUUCAAACCAGUGGAUUCUGUUCAUUGGUGUGUUCGUAUACUGUUAAUUUGAAUUUGAUUAUCUUUGUAUGUUAGAUCUCUCUUGCUAAUUUUUAUGACUUCGAGUUAUGUCAGAAUUGUAGGAGUGAAUCACUUUUUCAUAAGCGUGUACCUGAUUAGCCAGUAGAUUAUUGCUUGCUUUUGUUCAUGUGAUUUAAAAUUUUUUUGUUUGACAAGUUACUGGGGAUUUUACGUAGUAACUGAAAACAUCCAAUUGCUCAUUCUGUGUCUCCUGCUCACUAAUUCUCAUUGAUUUCUGAAGAACUUUUACUUGUAAUGAUAAAAUAAUAAUUGAAUUAUUUUUGUGCAUUUUAUAACCACUGCUUUUGUCAAAGUUACUGACUGUAGCAGAAGUAUUACUAAAGGAAGAAGAGUCCUGCGUUGUUUGUUAUUGAUAGCUAGGAUUAUCGUCCACUUCCAGAACAAUUAACUGUCUUACCCUUUAAUCCUGAAAAGUGGUGCUUACAAGGUAUUGCCAGCUGGCCAAUUGGGUCAGUAUAAAAAAAGUGUUCAUAUAGAGUGACAAUUAUUGAACUGUAUGAAAAAAAACGUAAAUUAGUUAUAAACUACAGUGUGCACAUACUUUAUUUAACAUGUAAAUGACAGUACAGGGAUUCUGAUUUAGGUUAUGACAUGUUCGAUAUGCCUGUCAUCAUUGGCGAUGAUGUGAUGCAGACAAAUGCGAAAUUGUGCGUGACCCGCUGAGGUGUCAGAACAUUGAUGCUGUCGAUGGCCUCCUGAGUGGCUGUAUCAGCUGAGCAAUGAUUUUCGGGUUAUUGCUGUACACCUUGUCUUAAUAUAGCCCCACUAAAAGGAGUCUCAUGUGUUCAGAUCCGGAGAAUAUGGCAGCCAAUCAAGCCCGUGCCAGUGGCCUCUGGGUACCCCAGAGCCGGAAUGCGGUCCCCAAAGUGCUCCUCCAGGACAUCAAACACUCUACUCCUUUGGUGGGGUCGAGCUCAAUCUUGCAGGAACCUCAUCUUGUCGAAGUCAGGGUCACUUUGGAUAAUGGGGAUGAAAUCAUCUUCCAAAACCUUCACGUACCAUUUAGUAGUCACCGUGCUAUCAAGGAAUAUCGCACCGAUUAUUCCAUGACUGGACAUUACUCACUACAAAGUCAGACAUUGAAGGUGAAGAGACUUCUCGAUCACGAAAUGCGGAUUCUCAGUUCCCCAAAUGUGCCAAUUUUGGUUGUUGAUGAACCCAUCCAAAUGAAAGUGGGCAUUGUCACUGAACCAAACCAUACAGGGUGUACUAAUUCCCAUCAUUUGUUGGUAAAUCAGUAUGGCCAACCGUGCAGUUUGAACAUCCUAACACAAACUAUUGAGAAGUUAUGACAAUUUUGUUUCAUAUAGUUCAAUAAUUAUCACCCUUUUCUUGCAUGACCAUUUGCCUCAUGACCAGACAUUCCAAAUGUUGGCAGGUAUUUACAGUCCACUGUGAUUCUUCUGAGCUCUGUCAAUAUUGGUAUGUUUUAAAAGCUAACCCUUCUUUCUUGUACAUUUGUGUAACUGUUCCUGACCUUUUUGCAGGAGAAAGAAUAUUGGGUGUAGCAAGAGAAUGUGCAUCAUUUUACAGACUACAGUAAAUCUCCAUUAAAAUAUUUGCUCUCUUCCUUUCUUACUAUGUUUAUGUGAUGUAUAUUUGAGGUCAUAGAUUUAAUUUUGUAUUUUAAGUCAAGCAGUUCCUCUGAAAUUUAUGUUUCAUUUUUCACUGAACGCAAUUCUGUUAUCUGUGUUGUAUUUUGUUGUGGAUGUGGAUGUUUUUAUGAGGUGCAUUGUAUGUUUUGUAUAUCUUGCCUUUCCUAAGACUGAAUUUAUGUGUAACACAGUAAUAAAGUGUGAGAAUAAUGCCUUUCUCCCAGCAUCGGGGCUUGGGUUGAAAAUUGUCAUAAAAUCUGAAAUCAUUAUGUUUAAAUUGUUUUAUCAGUCAAAUCUUCUAGUAUCAAACAAUGGAAAAUCCAGGAUGGAAUGUAACAGUAUUAUGAAAAGGAAAGUUGCUACUUACUAUAUAGCGAAGAUGCUGAGCCGCAGAACGGCACAACAAAAAGACUGUCACAACUAAGCUUUUGGCCGACAGUGCUUCUGUCGAUAAUAGAUGACAGAGACAUACAUCACUCACGCAAAUGCAACUCACACACACAUGACUGUGGUCUCUGGCAGCUGAAGCCACACUGCGAGCAGCAGCAGUGCAUGAUGUGAGUGGCAACUGGGUGGGGGUAAGGAGGAGACUGGGGUGGGGAGGGAU